AUGUUUUUUCUCUACAAUAUGGAGCGGAGGGUGACAUUGCAUCCGUCCUAUUUCGGCCGCAACAUGCAUGAGUUGGUCACGAGCAAGCUCCUGAAAGACGUGGAAGGCACUUGCGCUGGAAGCUACUACAUAAUUUCCAUCAUGGAUACCUUUGACAUAUCCGAAGGCCGGAUCCUUCCCGGGAAUGGGCUGGCGGAAUUCACCGUCGGCUACCGUGCUGUCGUUUGGCGGCCAUUCAAAGGCGAGACGGUUGAUGCCGUUGUGUACUCAAUCAACCCACAGGGUUUCUUUGCGCAAGCUGGACCGUUGCGGUUGUUUGUUUCUGCACAUCUUAUUCCCAGUGAUAUCAGGUGGGACCCCAACGCAACACCGCCGCAGUUCACCAACAACGAGGAUACCGUGAUUGAACCUGGCACACAUGUUCGCGUCAAAAUCAUUGGCACGAGAACAGAAGUCGGGGAGAUGUGGGCCAUUGGAAGCAUUAAGGAAGACUAUCUUGGCUGCCUUCAGGAUUGA